AGACGACACACCCCCGCCCACCAUCUUGGUGCGUCCCGGAGCUACGGCGUCUGAGCAGGGCCGAAAGCCGCGGCGGCGGUUCGCGUUUCUCGUGUCCGCUUGACUGACAGCUGCGCGGCGGGAGCGGACGAAGCGAGCGGGAGGCGAAGGCGCAGAGCUUGGGGCUGCCUUGGUCGCACCCACCGCCUGCCUGCCCACUGGUCAGCCUUCAGGGACCCUGAGCAGCGCCUGGCCUCUUUCCUGUGGCCAGCCCAGAGCUGAAGCGCUGCGGCAUGGCGCGCGCCUGCCUCCAGGCCGUCAAGUAUCUCAUGUUCGCCUUCAACCUGCUCUUCUGGCUGGGGGGCUGUGGCGUGCUGGGCGUCGGCAUCUGGCUGGCCGCCACCCAGGGGAGCUUCGCCACGCUGUCCUCCUCCUUCCCAUCCCUGUCGGCUGCCAACCUGCUCAUCAUCACCGGUGCCUUUGUCAUGGCCAUCGGCUUCGUGGGCUGCCUGGGCGCCAUCAAGGAGAACAAGUGCCUCCUGCUCGCUUUCUUCCUGCUGCUGCUACUGGUGUUCCUGCUGGAGGCCACCAUUGCCAUCCUCUUCUUCGCCUACACGGACAAGAUUGACAGGUACGCCCAGCAAGACCUGAAGAAAGGCUUGCACCUGUACGGCACGCAGGGCAACGUGGGCCUCACCAACGCCUGGAGCAUCAUCCAGACUGACUUCCGCUGCUGUGGUGUCUCCAACUACACUGACUGGUUUGAGGUGUACAACGCCACGCGGGUACCUGACUCCUGCUGCCUGGAGUUCAGUGAGAGCUGCGGGCUGCACGCACCUGGCACCUGGUGGAAGGCGCCGUGCUACGAGACGGUGAAGGUGUGGCUCCAGGAGAACCUGCUGGCUGUGGGCGUCUUUGGGCUGUGCACGGCACUGGUGCAGAUCCUAGGCCUGACCUUCGCCAUGACCAUGUACUGCCAGGUGGUCAAGGCAGACACCUACUGCGCAUAGGCUGCCCGCUUCUCUGCCUAAAGGACGCCCACAGGGAGACGGCCGUGCCCACAGCUGCCUUUCCCACCACCAGCCUCGGUGCUCUGCCCCAUGCUGGGAGGAGGAAGGGAGGGACAGGUGCCCGGAGCCCCCGGAACAGUGUUUCUGGAAGGCCUGGCUGAGGUGGCUUCCAGGCCUCCAAACCCCCCCGGGAGGGGUGGCCACAUGCUGGUAUGGGACCCAGGGCGGGGGGGCGGUCUCCAGCACUUUUUAUAUUUACGCAUUCUCCAAAGCAGUGUCCACACGGGGGCCAGCCUGUGGCCCCCAGCCUCCCGGGAAACGGGUUGGGGCUGCAAGAACAGGGGCUUGGCAUCCUGGAAGUGGCCCCACUGGUCCUGGUGCUCCAGGCAGGGCCAUGGACCCCUUACCUACAUUCCACAGUGGGCCCGUGGGGCUCCUGGUGCAUCCUAAUAAAGUGUGAGCCACAGCCCUUG